UGAACCCGCCCCGUACGGCCUCAGUCCGGCCAGAAUUCGGGUCCCUGGAGGUGGCGGCCCGUGUGGAAACAUGCGGGUGCGCCCGCACACCCGCAGGGAGUCUUCAAAAUCUGUCUUUCCCUCUCACAUGAGGCCUCCUGGCCCAUUCUUUCCAAAGUCAUUGCCUGCGAGGAGGUGGCUGGAUGCGGAGACCUGCGGAGACCCUUGCGCUGGGCUGUAAUGCAGGAUGAAGGCCUGGCUCGCCAGUUGGUGGAGCUAGGCUACCGGGGGACCGGAGAGGUGGUGAAAAGGGAAGAUUUUGAAGCAAGGAAGGCAGCUAUAGAGAUUGCAAGGCUGGCUGAAAGAACUCAGAAAAAGACAUUAACAAGUGCUGGUAAAGACCUGCAAGAUAAUUUUCUGAAGGCUCUGGCAGUGAGAGAAGAAGACAAUCACAAUGGAAAAGUGAGCACCGUGAUCUUUAUUCGUGACAAAAACUCGCAUGGGCAGGAAGUGUCAGGAUACAUUGACUAUGCCCACAGACUAAAGAUUGAAGAUUUUGAAGUCUAUUUUAGUGGAAAAAGAAGACUUCUUCCAAAACCCACAGAUAUGAGCUUUUACAACUGGGACAGUCAUAUUGCUGUUUGGAAUUCAACUCCCAAUUAUCAAGUGAUUGCUGAUAAUCUAGAAGGCUUACUUUUCAAAUACAAAAGAGACAGAAAAAUUCUCAAUGUGGAUCCAAAGGUUCCCCCAGGUGACAACUCUACUAGAAUCCCUAUCCAGACAGACCUCUACAUUCAAGCUGUCAUUUUUGACCACAUUUCCAGAAGAAAGACUUAACUACCAACAUGCUAGAUGGCCCCCCUAAUGGGCUUGCUAAAUUUAAAUGAAUGCUGUAACCAGAAGCAAAUUAGAAUAAUAAAUGAGCUCUGUAGCUGGAAGGCAAAUUAGAAUAAUAAAAGUUGAUAAAGAAAUUAAAAAGAAAACCAUAA